CAAGGCAACCUCUUUCUCAUCUACUCUCAUCUGCCUCCGCCGCCACUUAUAAAGUUAUACCCCCAGUGCACUGCAUCGGUUAUACCCCACCAACGAACUAGCAUGGCAACACUCGCGCUCUCGCCUGUCUCCGCGCUGCACCCCCACCUCCGCGCUCCCCGCCCGCCGAUCCGGAUCUUUGACUUUGCGUUUCCGCGCACGGACCCGCGCGCACUGGGUGGCGGGGACGGCGUACCCCACGCCUGCAGGCCGGAGCUGCUGAACAGACGGCUGAAUGGCUCGCGCUGCCCGAGCCCUGUCUCCGUUGCCACCGACAGCGACAGCGAGGACGACGAUGACGACUAUUAUGAGCGUGCCCGGCGCCGGGUGGAAGCUUAUUUUGGGCCAUCGAUAGCGGGCCCUAGCUCAGGGACCGGGAUUCCGGCGGGGCUGUAUCGGGCACAGUUCCCGUUUGGCGCGGAGGGUGGCGCGGCGGAGAUGCCACUCGAAGUCGGGCAAUUAGUCUAUGUUAUCGGCCCCAUGGAGCAGGACGGCGACCCAGACGCAUCUGGCCCUCGUUGGGCAAUUGCGCGCCGCACCCCGGUGGUUGUGCGGCCCGAUCUAGACAUAUGGCAGCUGCAUGCGCUUGUCGACGUGCGGACCAACAUCCGCAUCGUGUGGGCGUUGUUAUCCGGCAGUUUGGAUCAAAGUGGGGGUGGCAGGGGACUCGUGCCGGAGGCGUUCCUCGUACGCAUUCGCGCCGAGGGCGAACAGGUAGAAGAUGCCAGAGUCAGAUUGGAGGAGUAUCUGGGGUCCAGUGACACGUGGACCGCGCCAGAAGAGCCGGACGAUGAAAGCCCAGAGUUGGAAGCGGAGCAAUAA